AAAACGUUUUAUUGAGAAGCCAUAACAAAUUAUUUGUGCACACGGAUUUAUCUUCAUGCUUAUUUUACCUGAGUAUGACAAAUUAAAGCCAUGUCUGACUAAUAGAUUCAUUAUAUUCGCUAUAUAAGCGCGGACAUGUAAAGAUCAAAUCCGAGUAUUAUCGCCAGAGUCAGAAAUGCGACUUUUUCCAGUUUACUUUGCUAUCUUCCUGUUUCAAUAUGAAGUCUGCUCCAUAUCGGAUACUAUGAAAACCGAACUGCGAUCCUGGUUUGGAAACAUAAAGCAGCUGCAGAAUCCGGUAACGCUCAACACCCUGAAAAAACUGUGCGUCGUGGAAGUGAUGCGGGGCAGCAAACAUCGGAUAAAUGUUGGCAAUAUCGACAUUUCGAAUAAGAAUACUUUGGAAAACUUCAUCAAGCUGCCGAGCAUCAAAAUGCCGAACAUUACAAUUGUCAUCGUGGAAGAUGAGUCGUCCAAGAGGGCGAGAAGCGGCAGUCAGUAUAAGGAACGGGAAAUGGAGAAACUAGUUUCAAAAUUUAAGGAAUGUAUUCUUGCAAAACUUAAGGCACUAUCUUAGUUACAAGAUAAAAUUAACUUUUUAAAGAAAUGUUUU